AAGGCAAAUACUGGUCGAAUCGCGUCUUUAUGUUUUAGCUGUGUAUAUUAUAAUCUUUUCUAAAAAAAUACUAGGCGAAUACCCCAAAUUUUCCCUUCCGAUGUAAUAUUUUGUGAUAGAAGACCUUUCGCGUUCCAGACGGGAUGUUUAUAACAGUGCGAUUUGCAGGUAAGGGGACUAAGUUCUUGCACAAAUUAUACGAGUAUUUAAGGAUAGAAAUGUAUAUAUACAACGGAGAAGUUAACCAAGCGCCUUGAAAAAUAAAGCGCUACUCUGAUGGUUGUGGCAACACACGAUCUUUUGUAGGUAUGAUCCAGCUUAUAGCUAAAGGGGGAUUUUCUGGUAACUGUUCUCUAAAGAAGUAAUACUCUCUUAGAUACUCAAAAACAAAGAACGAGGAGAAGGGAAAAUCUUAAAGGGUAUAAUUAAACAAUAACGCUUUUGUUGUGUAUUUUUAAAGAGGCUUUUAGGGAUACCUGCGUAGAGAGCAUUGCCGUGCCGGUCACGGAUACGACCGGAAUGUCAGACACGAUUCUUGAGGCCUUAUGGCUUUAGGGUAAUCAGUUUUCCUGUAAUAAAAAUCAUUUAUCUUGGCGACGACUAAGAUAUGGAAAUUAGGCUGGAAUGAGAGCAAACAGAUAUUGUAUUGAAACGGAAGUUGUCUUAUUUACAUUCAUCUAAUGUGUUUGAAUCUGUUGGCGACAAUGCACUCCCGACGUCAAAUCUAACAAACCAUAAAACGAAAUGGAAACAAUUUGAUUGAGCAUUUUUUAUAUUUAGUUUCGUUUUUUCUUUCCUUUGGGUACCCAGUGAAAGUAGGUAAUAUGAAGAGCCUUUUCGUUAUUUUAUUCUUUUAUCUAGGCUAGUAAGUCUAAGUCUCUGCUUGAUACCCAUAUAAGCAUAAACGCAAAUUUAUUACAUGUCUAUCUCUUGAUAUACAAUAGUCUCCACAUGCUGGUUUUGUGAUCCAAUCCGCUGUUCUUUUUUAGAUGAUAAAACGGAACUUUUUAAUCCAAACUGCAGAAAUUGUCUGCUUCUUAGCAACAUCAAGGAGCGAUGUGACUGCGAAGACGAUGGUAACUAUAGUUUUUACAUUUAUUUUUUAUUGAUUUAUUUAUCUUUUGAAGAAACAAAUACAUGAUAGAAAUAAAAUUUUGCUGUUGGAUUUAUGACUUGCAUGCUCUUGACCAAUCAUGACCCUCUUUUACUCAGGGUAAUGUCCGGCCCUUAUGUGUUGAUUGAACAGUUCUAAAAUCCACUUGCGUAGUAAUGCCUCGCUUUCGUGGGUAAAACUUUUUUCGAGGAACACAUCGACCCUGGCACGUGUAUUUUGUUUUUGCGCACGACCUAGAGUUCAAUUUCUUAUCAAUAUGGAGACUGCAAAAACAGUCGGGUUUUUUUCUCAAAAUCAGUAAAGAAAUCGGUAAAGCUUGGCGUAAGGGUCUUACGCGCUCUCUGUUCUCAGCCUCGUUCCAGACCUUUUGUUUGACUGCUCGCGCGUACUUGAACACGCAAAAAUACGGACUGUGUUGUAGUCUAAUUAAUAUAUUGUAGUAACUAUCUUUUUCCUUUUUUCAUCCCUUACAGAUAUCAUCGAUCUUUCUGAUGAAAGCGGCUCACUGAAACAUCUUCAAAGCAAUCCGUUGGAUUACGGAACCAAAUACUUGAAUGAAAGAGAGAUUCUUAUUCUUGUAAAAAAAGAAAGUAAGAAUCUGUUUUUAAACAAUUGAUCGACUCUUGUUUUACCUCAGUUAUAUUAUUCAGUUAAGGAAACUACUGAAGAGCCGAGCAGCCUUUUGAGGAAAUCAAUGGGGUGAAAAAUAGUCAUCCAUGGAACAAACUUUUGACUAUUCAUCCAACACACUUUCUAAGACGAAGGCUUUUCUUUAACUUGUUGAAUUUAGAGCGUUGGAGAUCAUAUAAUCAAGAGUCUCGGGUACUGAAAUUGAAAAACAUAAGUUGUUUCAUUCAGGACUCAUACAAAAUGUAAGGUUUGCCAUGAACUUUCUCAGUUGAAUUUUCCGGAAUUCCAUGGCUUAGCUUUGCCGCACCCCUUCCAAAGUUUGCGAGUCUUUUCGUUGAGUUCUUGACUGUUUUCAUCACAGAAACUGAUGGCGAGACUAUGACCUUCGUACCACUCUUGGAAGGCAUGGAAACUAAUAAGGCGUUCUUGGGUAGGUGAAAUGAAGUGUUUUAAAAAAGUAUAAAGAUAAAAACUGAGAUCGAAAACUAACGGUAUACCGACUACUUCCAACUCAAGAGCAAUUGACAGACUGCCGCGGCGGAAUGACAUGAAUUCAACGGUAUGUUUUCCAGGGUGUAUCAAUGUGAUUUGUGAAUAACGUGUUCAGUUUAAUGCGUCAAAAGAAGUUCUGUUUUCAGAAAAAAAAAACAUAUUAGAAUUACAUUUCGUUUCUUUUUUUGAGAUAUGAGAGGUAAAUGUUCUAAGGAAAAGUUAGCACUAUCUUGAUUUUUUUAACUGUGAAAAGUUAAUUAGACACUGACCACUGAGUAUUUUUAUUGGACUGAUAAGCUGACUGAUUGGUUGUUCGAAUGGUUAACAUCGCCAUCUAUUAGACUGCGCAGCUGGCGGAAUUGCUUGUCCGCGCGCGUGAGACUUUUGGCGAAUUGUUUGUCCGCGAAAAUGAGUGUUUUGGCGGCGAAGCAGCAAAAAGCGGGGAUCCUGUCAGCUAAGAAGGCUACAAUAAUCGAUUGAUUAGUUGACUGAUUGAAUAAUUGAUCGUGAUUUAUUUUCAGAACGGCUCAACCCACCGCCACCAAAACCAGAAAAGAUACGCUCGCCUACAAGGGAUUCCCCAAGCAAGCUGUACUCUGAGGGAGCCCGAGGGAAAAGGGCAUCCCUUGCACCGAGGCCUAAACAAAAUCAACUAGCGCCUCCGUCAAGUUCAACAAGAUCGCUGUCCCCGGGGAGAAGAGGUAGUAGAAUGAGGAGCCAAAGCGUGCAACUUGCGCAAGCCCCACUUGGAUCAUUCCAUUCAUCAAGACGGGCCCGAUAGUUAACGCUUAUGAAUACAUGGCACUUGACUGCGGGAGGUGUAGGGACAGAUGGAGUGGAGGAACUGGACCAGUGGAUCGUCCAUAGGAAGCCCUAUGACAAAAAUAAUUGUAAUAAAGGACAAACUCUAGAAUUAGAAAAUUUUAUCAGCUUUCAAUCCAUAUUUACCCCACAUAGUAUUUUCACGAAGUAGGAAUAUCAAUAUUAAAGAAAUAUAUAACGCCAUACUCUUAGUCAAUUCUUUUGAAGGAAAGAAAGGGAUUUAACUGCAAAUGGCGUCCAGGAUAUGACUUACAAAUGCC